GACAAUAGCAAAAAGCAUCGACUUGUCAAUGGAAAUGUCAAUCAACUUGUCAAGAAAGUCAGCAAAUGUCAAAAUACGGGCAACGGCUGGUGGUAUUUGAAUUUUCUAUUCCUAAAUAUUUUCAAUAAAUCAGACCAAACAAGUAAUUAAAUGUAAUAGAAAAUGGACAAGACUAAAACCCAGAAUUCACAGAAAAACCGUUUUUUGAAAUUAUCUCUUAAGAAAAACAGGAGAAAAGAAGAAGAAAAUAACAAAGCAAAUCGCAGCUCUGACGUUAUAUUAUUGGAAGAAUCUUUUGAGAGAUUAAAAUCCGACUUUCCUAGAAAAUUGAAUGGGACACCAAAAAUAUAUUCUCCAAUAGUUAUAAACGAUUCGACCGAGUUGUCUGAUGAAUCCUUACCAAAUAUAAUGAUCAAAGAUAAGGAACCUAGCAAAUUUGGAAAUGUUUCAUUCAACAAAUCAAUAGAAGAGAAGUCUCCACAAUGCACAAAAGAAUCCAGACCCAGCAUAGGUGGUUGGUCACCAGCGCAGAGCAUUAUCUGUGCUUCACCGAGGUACCAAACCGUACCUUCCACUCCUCGGGACAUAGCGAACGAGUCACUCGAAGAAUGCUCCCUGAAGAAAAUUCAACAAUCACAAAAGAAACUACUGAGCGAUCUUUACGGAGAAACGUGGAAAUCAAUACCAAAGCUAUUUAAAGCCAUAUCUAAAAAUUAUGAAAACUUUGACGGUGUAUCCAAAAAACUUCAGUUUGAUGAUGACGAAGACAAAGAAAAUAUCAGACAUGACUUGCAACGCAACAAAGAGUUGUACCUUACCGGUUCAGAUGCUAAGAAAAAGUUUGGUAAUUUUUCUGAAUCUGAGAAAAAAUCGAAGAAAAAACUAUACACGGAGAAAGUUCCUAGCACCCCAGACGUCCCGAAAACAAAACCCGUUAGAACCAGAAACGUUAACAGUACAACAAAAAAGGGAAAAGCAAUGUCCGUGACAGAAUUAGUAGAAAUUAUGAAGAAAGAUGUAAACGAAGUGACUAAAAAAGCUGAAAAUCUUUGCAUUACUCCUACAAAUGAUGUCAAGAGGCUAAGUUUCGUAGGGUCUUUAGCAGACAACGUCCCGAGCUGGCGAUGUCACCCCGAAGCCUUCCAAUACCGCGACAACUAUAAAGGUCUGCGGGAGCAACUCACGCGCAGGUUGUAUGCCGAGUUCAAUAAGGUGGUGUUUGACGAUGCGUUUGAGGAAGACAUGCCGGUGGUGUGGGACUCCAAGCUUAGGAGCACUGCUGGCACAACAACAAACCGUCUGCUCAAGAACUCUCGUGGCGAGCGUAGACGCACCUCCAGCAUCAAGCUGUCCACCAAAGUCGUGGACGCGCCGCAACGACUGCGGGACACGCUCAUACAUGAGCUGUGCCACGCUGCGACUUGGCUUAUUGACGGCGAGCUGAGGGCAGGACACGGGCCAUUGUGGCGCAAAUGGGCCACACAUGCACUACGAAAGUUCCCAGAACUGGGCGAAAUAUCGAGAUGCCACGACAUGCAGAUACACUUCAAGUAUUCGUACAAAUGUACCAAAUGCGGUUACAGUUUAGCAGAUUUCGAACACUAUAAUGAGAUUUUAAUCAACCAUGGACAACUGCCAGAAAACCACCACCGUCGUCGCCGUGGCCUCGUGAAUGCCAUAGGUUCCAUCGCCCAUACUCUGUUCGGAGUACUCGACGAUGACUUCGCACAACAAUACCAGAAAGACCUAACCAAGCUUCGACAUGACCAAAAAUAUCUACACCAGCUACUGAAAAACCACACAUCGAUAAUAGAAUCUGAGUACAACGUUAUAAAACGAAUGGAGAAAACUAUCGACCAGCAACAUAAAGCAUUUAACCAGCAUUUGAACCGCCUAGAUCAACUUGCCAACACCAUGCAAAAGCAAAUACAAGAAAACUCAGAUGCCAAUGAGUUCGCAUUAUCAUCAAUCACAGCAAACGGAAUACUUAUGAACCUCAAAGACAUACAGCAAAUGUUAUUAACCACCAUCACUGAUAUCUUUCAUGGAAAGUUUAAUAUACAUCUGUUACAACCCCAACAACUGACUACAGAACUUCAUAUGAUCUCGGGACAAAUUUCCAAAGAACUAUCAUUACCAAUCGACAACAUUCAAACCGACUUAAUGAAAAUCUACCAUUUAUUAACUGUCAAAGCCCGAUUUACACAAGAAUUUCUGAUCUUCGAGAUUAAAAUACCAUUAGUAGGCAGAGAUAACUUUGAAAUCUAUAAAUUAAUACCAAUUCCUAUGAAAAGCGAAAAUCAAAUGCACAAAGUCAUUGCUGUGGCAGACCAUUUAGCAAUUAAUAUACAAAAAGAUCUACAAAUACCAUUUUCCGAUUUGCAAUUACAACAAUGCAGUAACUAUGACUCUGAAACAUUACUGUGUGCCCAUCAAAUACCAAUAUCUAUGACUAAAACCGAUCAAACAUAUUGUGUUAAAGUAAAUGAGUCACUAAGUUGUAAAACAGAGAGCACAAAAUGCAAAAACACUUGGAUGCAACUACACAAAGUAAACAAUUACUUGUACUCAUGUUGCAUCGAAUGCACCAUUCAAAUCAUAUGUGACUAUCAAGUUGCCAUCGAGCGACUCAGCAAGGUCGGGAUACUCGCCUUGGAAAGUGGAUGCGUCAUCAAGGACGACGGGAUCACCUUGCUGUCACAUAACAAACAAUCGACCAAUGAUAUUAAACUGAAACCAGAUAUUCUUAAUAUUGAAAUUCCAUCAAUAAAUAACAUUGUGAACGUUACCAUGAAUAUAACACCUCUAACCAGCACAAACCAAGAAACUGAUAUUGACAAUGAAUUAGAGAUUAUUGGAAAGAAAAUAGAACAAAUAAAGAAUAAUACCAAGGAAGACUUAGACGACACAUCCUUCGACAACCAUGAUUUGCACCACUACAUAGCCAUCUACAUCCUGACGGGUACCGGCCUCGUGACUGCUGUGGCCUACGGCGUGCGGAGGAUCCGCGCGCGCGCCCAGUGGCCGGCAGCUGAGCAGGCGCCGCCGCAGCCGCAGCCCCGCGCCCGCGCUGCUGCCCUGCACCGCAGUGCUAGUGCAAGUGACCAGUGUGAUAGUGCGAGUGUCCAGUGUACUAGUGCAAGUGACCAUGUCAUCCAACGCCACUCAAAAUCCAUAGACACAACAAAGAAAUGCUGCGGCUACUGCAGAGGCACCUUCGAGUUGAUCCUCAACAAGAAAACCAAAGAAGGCUUGGUGGUAUCCACUCCAGCUCGGAAGGGAGAAGUCAGCGAGUUUGCCAAAUACGUAAAAGAGAACUACGGUUCUGCCAAAACUGGCAGGAGUCACGCGGAGGUCAUGAAAUUGUUGGGAGAACAGUUUUCUGCCAAGAAAAAGGUUAAAUCAAUUGAUUUAUUGUAAACACUUUAGUUACAUUAUGUUGUAUAGUUUUGUUUAUUAGUGUUUUAUAACAAAUGAGAUGAAUGAUAAUGUUUAAUAAGUAGACGAUUUGACAAGGUACUUAUUAUCAAAAGUGUAACCGUUUUUAGCCGUUCAAAACUGCAUCACGUGACAUGACACUAGUUUAUUUUAUAAACACGACAGUAAAAUGGCAAUGCCUGAUUUUGUAUGGAAGGUGGCGUCUUUUUUUUUUCGCGCGGCCAUCGACCAAACUAUGUUUUUUGAUUACAAAAUAGUGUAAUAAACCAAACUUACUAUGACAUGUAUACCUCUAAACUCAGUCUGAACUGAGUUACGAGCGUUAGAAGUUUGAUGAUUUACAUACUAGAUUUGCUUUUUGCGCGCAAGUUUUGUAAGAAAUUGCAACAAAAUAUUCCGCUAUUUUUUUAUUGCGCUGAUUCUACUCCACACUGAUGUCUGGAGCCUUUAAUGGAUGGUAUUGUUUGUUUACACCACAGAAUAAUAAUAAGUACUACGUACAGAAGUUUUACUUCGCGAAGGUAUUUAAAAAAAUGUAUGCUCAAUGACAUUAACAAUAUGGUGUAAUUUAGCCUGACUCAAGAGUCAAGCACCAUUUUGUUGACAAACGUCAGUGAUCGGCACUGCGCCGAAGCUAUAGGGCUGACUUCGGUAAAAUGAUGUGACGUGAGGUGCCAAACUGCGGAAAAUGGCGGAGGAAAUACAUGAUUUAGCAUGAAUUAUCAUGAAUAAUAUUAACUACUUAUUUACCUCUCAGUGUCUUAAGGAAACUUAAAAAAGUACAUUCAGUAUUUUUAUUAUUAUUUAGGCAGUUAAAUACUGCACAGUAUUUAGUACACCAUUUUCUUUAUUUUCUUCCAUCAUACACAAGAAUACGCGUGCGUGAGUCAAUGUUCGCUCGUAUGUGAGGCCUUGUCGAAUAGUAUCCUGUAGGUGGGCCAUCGUGCGUGUUUUGUUUUCGAUGUAAACUCGCGGAGAUGAACAGGCCUUUUUUACACAUACAAUGUCACUAUUUUGUUGCAAUUUCACACAAAACUUGCAAAAAGCAAAUCUAGUAUGUAAAUCAUCAAACUUCUAACGCUCGUAACUCAGUUCAGACUGAGUUUAGAGGUCUACAAGUCAUAGUAAGUUUGGUUUAUUACACUAUUUUGUAAUCAAAAAACAAAGUUUGGUCGAUGGCCGCGCGAAAAAAAAAAGACGCCAAUUUCCGGCAUUGUCUUUUAUUGAAAAUAAAGUAUGUUGUAAGGCAACGUUGCCAGACAUUUUAAUCGUCAUGUGUUGCGUGACACAUCUUGUUUUAUGAUUUUACUCUUGCCUGACAGAGGUGUUGCUUUUUCUAAUGAUUUUGUAGAUAUUUCUGAAAUACAUAUGUAUACUGGAUAUUUUGUGUAACUUAUACAAUAACAUUUAGUAGGCAAAUUGAAAAAAAAAAUUGUCAGAUAUGCAAAAACACUGCCGUAUUUUAUUUGGUAAUAAUUUAAAAUAAUGUAACAACUACACAUUUUUGUAAAUCAUAUUGUUUUUUUUUAACAAAGUACACAUCCUUUCUGAAACUGGUUUUUAAGGUGAUUGCUUACCUACCGAUAUUUGUAUGUAUUCUCAUUUUGUAAAACCUUAUUAGUACCGUAAGGUAAGUAUAACAUUUUUUACGAUUUUAUGUAUGAUAGAGAAUUAUUAAUCUUAUUCUCACGACUGAUUAUUUGUAGAUAAUCAUUUGUAGACCAUUAUUUAGAGACCAUUGCACUGGUGGCAAUGAAUUUCUGACUUUAUUUCUUAUAAAAUAAAACACGUUUUAGGUAAAUUUAUUUGUAAAAUUUUUAGCUGAUCUUAUCAAUCGUGAAGUUAAUGAAUUUUGGCUACCAAUUUACUCAGAUUUUGAAUAUUUAACUGAAAUUGGAGAACGAUGUAUAAUUUUUGAGAAAUUUAUACAAUUUCGAGCAACCGAUGUAUAAUAAUUUAUAAAAUACAAUAUUUUUAAAAAUGAAAAUUUUGAGGUAAUGUUUACUCAUAAUAUAAUUUAAUAAUAUUGUCUAUAGAUUGUUAUGACUGUGUACAUAUAUUUGUGUAUAAUUAUAUUUCAGG